UAUGUCCCCCCCCUCCCUCUCUCCUCCAGGAACCUGCUCCCAAUCAGUCAUGUGUGUAUAGAGGAAGGAGAGAAGCCUAUGGUACUACUGCCCUAUAUGAACUGGGGUAACCUCAAACUGUUCCUGAGACAGUGCAAGCUGGCCGAAGCCAACAACCCACAGGCAGUCUCUCAGCAGGACUUGGUCCACAUGGCGAUCCAGAUCGCAUGUGGGAUGAGCUACCUGGCCAGGAGAGAGGUCAUCCACAAAGACCUGGCCGCCAGGAACUGUGUUAUUGACGACAGCAUGCAGGUGAAGAUCUGUGACAACGCCCUGUCCAGAGACCUGUUCCCUAUGGACUACCACUGUCUGGGAGACAACGAGAACAGGCCGGUCCGUUGGAUGGCCCUGGAGAGCCUGCUCAACCAUGACUUCUCUAGUGCUAGUGAUGUGUGGGCGUUUGGCGUGACCCUGUGGGAGUUGAUGACCUUGGGACAGACGCCCUACGUGGACAUCGACCCCUUUGAGAUGGCAGCCUAUCUGAAGGACGGAUAUAGAAUAGCACAGCCAAUCAACUGUCCUGAUGAACUGUAAGUACAAUAGCACAGCCAAUCAACUGUCCUGAUGAACUGUAAGUACAAUAGCACAGCCAAUCAACUGUCCUGAUGAACUGUAAGUACAAUAGCACAGCCAAUCAAACUGUCCAGAUGGACUGGAACACAUGCAUACAGGGCUUUUAGACUGUUUUAUGUCUUAAUUGAGUUUGAUCAUCAGUUAUUUUAAUUGACAAUUCUAUAGUUUUAUUGGUUUUAAGUAUUUCCUGUAAACGGUAUCUCAUGAGAAUUGUCUGGCAGUUUGAAUCUCCAGCUUUUCCGUUAACUGUAGGGCUUCCCUUCAGAACAUUGAACAGCAGUUAGAUAUGGCUUCUUAUGGCAUGUUCUCCUCUCCGUUAUCAACAUAAGCACACGUACU